AUAGAUUUGCAAAUAUGCGAUACAUUUGCUACGAUGUUAUUGCACAUCGCUAGCACGCACUAACUACAAACCAAAAGAAAAAAAUAAAACACUAAAAAAAUUAUUAAAAAAAAAAAAGAGAAAUAAAGUGAAAAGCAUAAAAAAAGCGAAAGCACAAGCAACAGCAGAAGCAGCAGCAGCAGCGGGCAGCAAGCAGCGAGCAGCGCAAAGCUCACACAACACCACCUACGCUGUUUUGGGCCAGUUGAAUGCGCUUCUCGUUCUGCCAAAGACGCGACAACAUUAACAGUAAUAGGAGAAGAAGCAGAGCGAACGCCCACGAAACAAACGUACGUGUGUGUGUGUUUGUGUGUGUGUGUGUGUCUGUGCCUGUCUGUUGCUGCGUGUGUGUGAGUGUAGUACGUGUGUGCAGCCAACAGGGCAGCGAUAGCAACAGUCAUGCCACUGGCUGACUCCAAUAAGGAUCUACGACAGCAGCAACAACAACUCCAAUUGGACGCCAACAAUAGCAGCAGCAGCAGUAGCAACAACAACAAUGCAGCCGCAGAGCAAGCGCAGCUGGACAAUGCAACCACAGGAGCAGCAGCAGCACCAACAGCGACAACAUCCUCAGCACCAGCAGCAGCAACAACAACAGCAGCUCACACAAUGGGACUGCAGCUGCGUCAACGCAUGCAGAUUACUUCGUCCGGAUGCAGCAGCUUGGCGGUGACACCCAUGGAGCACACGCCCACCGACGAGGAAAGCGGUGCUGUGACCACAGUGACGUCAUCUCAACGCCGCCAACAGCAGCAGCAACAACAACAGCAGCAACAACAACUGCAAACCGCCCUCGAACAACAUCACAUAACACCGAGCAGCAGCAAAACGCCCGAGCAAAUGGAGUUAAGCGAUUCGGAAUCCUAUGGCGCCGCCAGUUACGAUGAAUUCGAAUUGCGUGAGGUGGUCAAGGAGGGUCACGACAAGGCGGAUCCAUCACAAUUCGAACUGUUGCGUGUGCUGGGCGAAGGCAGCUUUGGCAAAGUGUUUCUGGUGCGCAAAAUUCUCGGCAAAGAUGCGGGCACACUGUACGCGAUGAAGGUGCUAAAGAAGGCCACACUUAAGGUCAAGGAUCGUGUGCGUAGCACCAACGAACGCAAGAUAUUGGCGGAUGUGGGACACGCGUUCAUUGUGCGCUUGCAUUAUGCAUUCCAAACCCCAGGCAAAUUGUAUUUGAUAUUGGAUUUCUUACGUGGCGGCGAUCUGUUUACCCGACUCUCCAAGGAGGUCAUGUUCACCGAGGAGGAUGUGAAAUUCUAUUUGGCCGAAUUGGCAUUGGCACUGAAUCAUUUGCAUACGCUUGGCAUUAUCUAUCGCGAUCUGAAGCCCGAGAACAUCCUAUUGGACGAGCAUGGACACAUUGCGUUAACCGAUUUUGGCUUGAGCAAACAACCACUGGAUGGCUCGAAGACAUACAGUUUUUGUGGCACUGUCGAGUACAUGGCACCGGAGAUCGUUAAUCGCAAGGGACACGAUUUCGCCGCCGAUUGGUGGUCAUUUGGUGUACUCAUGUACGAGAUGUUGACUGGGAAUUUGCCGUUUCAUGGCCAAACCCGACAGGAGACAAUGAAUCAAAUACUGCGCUCCAAGCUCGGCAUGCCCGAGAAUCUGUCGCCCGAGGCGCAAUCGCUGUUGCGGGCGCUCUUCAAACGCAAUCCGCUGAAUCGCUUGGGCGCCGGUGCACAGGGCAUCCUGGACAUUAAGGCGCAUUGUUUCUUUGCGACCAUCGAUUGGGUGCGUUUGGAGCGCAAAUUGGUGCGUCCACCGUUCAUACCGGCCGUGAGCCGAGACGAUGCCUUCUACUUCGAUGUGGAGUACACAUCAAAGUCACCCCGUGAUUCACCCGGUGGUCCCAUCUCUGCCUCGGCUCACGAAAUCUUUCGUGGCUUUAGCUUUGUGGCGCCCGUGCUGCUGGAGAAUGCGAGUGCCAGCGCCACGAAUAGCAGCAGCUCGAAUAAUGUCAGUCCACUGCAUGCGAUUGCAGUGCCCAGCUGCUCCUCAUCCUCAUCGCAAUCGGCUGCCGCCGCUGCUGUGGCAGUGGCAUCGUCUGCUACGACUGCUGGUGCUGCUGCUGGAGGUGCUGUGGUGCCUGGGCCACGCAGCUUACCGGGCGUGUUGCCGGGCAAUUUCCUCGCCGAAUACAAUGUGCUGCAGGAGCUGGGACGCGGCACAUUCUCCGUGUGUCGCCUCUGCGAGCAUCGCUCCACCAAGAAACACUAUGCGGUGAAGAUCAUCGAGAAGGCCGCAGUGGCUGCGGCAUCAUCGGCCAGCGCUGAUUGCUGGGAGGAGGUGGAAAUAAUGCUGCGCUAUGGCAAUCAUCCCAAUAUUGUCACAUUAUAUUCUGUGUACGAGGACACAAGCUCAGCGUAUCUGGUGAUGGAGCUGCUCAAGGGCGGCGAGCUGCUUGAUCGCAUCCUGGCCGUCGGACAAAUGUGCGAGAGCGAGGCGAGCGCUGUGCUCCGGACGAUCGCCGCGGCCGUGGCCUAUCUCCAUGAACACGGCGUUGUGCAUCGCGAUCUGAAGCCGUCGAACAUGAUCUAUGCGAGUAUGCGACAAACGCCCGAGACGCUCAAACUCUGCGAUCUAGGCUUCGCGAAGCAACUGCGCGCCGACAACGGACUCCUGAUGACGCCCUGCUACACGGCGAACUUUGUGGCGCCGGAAGUGCUGAAGCGUCAGGGCUACGAUCUGGCCUGCGACAUUUGGUCGCUGGGUGUGCUGUUGUACAUCAUGUUGUCGGGUCGAACGCCAUUUGCCAGCACACCGAACGAUUCGCCGGACGUGAUACUGAAACGCAUUGGAUCCGGCCACAUUGAUUUCACGAGCAGCCGCUGGUCGUUGAUCAGUGCGCCGGUGAAGGAGCUGUUGCGUCAAAUGCUGCACAUUGUGCCCGAGAAUCGUCCGACUUGCGCCCAAAUACUGGAGCACAGUUGGGUGCGCGAUCAGUUUGCCGGCAAUGUGCAGUUAACGGAGUAUGCGAUACAUCCAAGCGGAAUCGGUGGCGGUGGCAAUAGCCAAGGUGGUCAGGCGAUGUCGAUUGGCGCCCAGCAGCAGCAACAGAAUCACAUCUCGAUGGCGUUGCGCGGCGCUGUGGAUGCGACAUUUCGUGCCAUCGCAAUACCGCAGGCUGCCAACGUGGGACCCGUGGAGUUGUCGAUGCUGGCCAAGCGUCGGGCCAAAGAUCGCGCCAAUCUGCAUUCCUAAUUGUGGGCAGUGUUAUGCCCGCGACGUCAGGUCAAAAGGCAGCUAAUUCAAUUAGUUUAUAAACUCUAUAGUAUUCUAAUGCAUUGCUGUGCAUUUCCGCAACGCCUUUGGGAGUGGCAUGCCGCCAUCAAUCCACGCCAACGCCAACAUCAACAUCCACAUCAUCACCAACAGCAGCAGCAGCAGCAACUUAAAUACCACAACAACAAUUGUCGCUCAAAGCGUCAACGAUGUCGCAGCGCCAAGUUGCGUUUGGUUUAAAAACAAAAAAAAAACAACUAAAAAGGAUUUUCGAAUUGGAUGCGGAGAUUGAGGUUGAGUUGCAGCUUCCGGGCAGCGCGACAACUUUCUAGUAUUUGAUGUGUUAGUUAUUUAUUUUAUAAUAAUACCCAAGAACUACAAAAACAAAACAAAACCGAUGCGAAUACAAUGAUACGAUAUAUACAAUAUAAAAAACGCAAAAACAAACAAAAAAAAAACAAAAACAAAACAUACAAAAAGGCAAAGCGGCAGCUUAUAGCGUAUGCUUAUUUACAAACAUAUAUACCUUAAACUAUACAUACAUAUUAAAACGAUAUAAAACAAAAAGAAAACCAAUAUACAUAUAUAUAUAGAUAUAUAUAUUGACAAUGCCUAUGUAAAUGUGUGCGAUCUUCCUGAAGACCUUGAGCCCCCAGAUAUCGAAUCUUAGCUGGCUUACCAGUCGGGAAUCGAAAUGAAAACCGAAUUAUCUUAAAGCAACUUUUAAUGUUGGCCAAAACCCGUGCUAAAACCAUAUAUAAAACAAAAUAUUAUAAUAUACAAAAACACACACACGCAUAAGUAUAAAUAUAUAUAUAUUUAAAGAUGAAGAAGAGAAAAACAAAAAAUGCGUGAGAAUAUUUUAAUUAUCCUAGCUAAAUUUUUUGACAUCACGUGUUAUUGUUGUUAAAUUAAUUAAUAAUUAAAUUAAAUGAAUAAUUAAUGAAGCAUACCAAAAUAAUCAAAUCCGAAAAUUAUAUUAUUAUAUAUAAAUUACAAACAAAAAAAACAAAAACAAAAAAGAAAACUUAAGCGAAGCGAAAAGGAAACCUUUUAAAUCUGUGCGACUCAUAAAUGUUUUUUUUUUCUUUUUUUUUUGCAUUAAUUUGCUUUUUAGUUUGCUGUUGUUAAACUUUUGCUAUGGGCACUUCCAAAAAAAAAAAAAAAACAGAAAAAUUCUAUAUGUCAAUUUGCAAAACUAACAAAAAAACAAAUGAAUAACUAUAAUGAUGUUGUAUUUUGGUAACAAAUUGCAUUUAUGUUUCUUACCAUCUGUAAAUAUCUAUAUAGGAUAUAUGCAUAUUUAUCUAUAAAUCUGAACAUAAACAUAUAAAAACUAUGUGUGAUAACGCAUUGCUACUCGUAUGAUGUAUUUACUCUUAACAAGCAAAACGCAACUGAUACUUCCAAAUUCUUAAUUUACAAAAGAAAAAAAAAACAAAAAAAUGAAA